UCUGCAUUGGUUCCCUCCGGGUACUCCGGCUUCCUCCCACCUCCAAAAACAUGCACCUGGGGAUAGGUUGAUUGGCAACACUAAAUGGGUCCUAGUGUGUGAAUGUUGUCUGUCUAUCUGUGUCGGCUCAUUGAUGAGGUGGCGACUUGUCCAAGGUGUACCCCGACUUCCGCCUGAAUGCAGCUGAGAUAGGCUCCAGUGACCCCAAAGCGACAAGCGGUAGAAAAUGGAUGGUGUUUUAAGUACAAGAGCUCCGUCUUAGGAACUACUUUUUAUAUCAGUUGAACUUGCUGGCUCCCAGUGUCAAAUGCAAACAUGUCAAUCAAAGGUUUUAUGCUUGACUCAGUGUGAGGGAAAACAAUUGGUGCAAGUGACCAUGUGUUUUAAAGUAAAUAUUUUUUUUUUUAUUACCACAUCAAAAUGUGGUAAUAAAAAUGUAGCAACCAACUGUAUUUAGUGACAGUGUUUUUUCUGAAGUGUUCCUGAGCCCAUGUGGUGAUAUCCUUUAGAGAUUGAUAUCGGUUUUUUAUACAGUGCCGUCUGAGGGAUCGGAGGUCACGGUCAUUCAAUGUUGGUUUCCGGCCAUGCCGCUUAUGUGGAGUGAUUUCUCCAGAUUCUCUGAACCUUUUACUGAUAUUAUGGAGCGUAGAUGUUGAAAUCCCAACAUUUUUUGCAAUUGCACUUUGAGAAACAAAAUUGGACUUUCUUUUCACAUAAUAUCGACAUUCUAUCUAAAAAUUAUGACUUUUUAUCUCAUAAAUUAGAUUUUUUUUUAAUAUCUCUGAUUAUGACAUAUUAUGUCACAAUUUAUGUCACAUCAUUUCGACUUUCCAUCUCAUAAUUAAGACUCACCAUGGGAUAUUUUUUCCAGUUAUAUAUUUUUUUUCCAGGACCGGGCUUCUUACAAAAUAUAUUCACUUUCAACUCAGCACAGUCCGUAGCUUGUGACGUCAUCACGUCCACGCAGGUUAGUACUUCUUUAUGACGUCAUAAAGUACCCGUCUUGUUUAGCGACAUGUGCCGUCAUGGGUGAAAACAGCUGAAUAAGAAUUGUACAAGAAUGGAAGAGCCGAAGGUGGACGAAAUAAACACGAGUGAAUUUACUCGUAUUUAUGUGGAGAGGACUUUGGCCAUCAUUAAACCAGACGCUGUCCACAAAAGUCAGGAGAUUGAGGACAUCAUCUUGACGUCGGGCUUCACGAUCCUGCAGAAGAGGAAGCUUCAGCUGAGCCCAGAACAGUGCAGUGAUUUCUACAUAGACCAGCACGGAAAACUCACCUUCGACAGACUGACUGCUUACAUGAGCUCUGGUCCCAUCAUGGCCUUGACUCUGGCGCGGGACAACGCUAUAACCCUUUGGAAGUCCAUCAUAGGACCUCUCAAGGCCCCAGAAAGUCAUCCAGAAUGCCUUCGAGCAAAAUACGGCACCUCUGAGCUGCAGAAUGCUCUCCACGGCAGCGACUCCUUUCAUGUGGCCGAGCGAGAGAUCAAAUUCAUGUUCCCAAACACUCUGACAGUUCCCACCAGAGAAGAAACUGAAGAAUACUUGAGUCGAUACGUCAACCAGACGUUGCUGCAAGGACUCACUGAGCUCUGCAAGCACAAACCUUUAAACCCCUGUGUUUGGCUGGCUGAUUGGCUCAUCAAAAAUAAUCCAAACAAGCCUCAAAUAAGUGACGUUGCUAUUGUGGAAGAAGAACAAUAAUGUCUAGGAAGAACCAAGAGGAAGGUGCGAUUCCAGGAAACGUUCAUUCGUCGGAUUGUCUUCUCAGCCAUCUACUUUUUAGGUGAAAUGCAUGAUUUAUGACAGGGGGGUCCAAACUUUUUCCACUGAGGGCCGCACAUGGAAAAAUUAAAACAAACGGGGGCCAUUUUGAUAUUUUUUUUUUUCAAACAAUAACACAAUAUAUGGAUUUUUUAUUUAUUUAUUUUUUUGUACUUUUAGGGCUCCCGGGGACCAUAAAGGGUCUCAGACAAUACUGCUAAUAAAACUUGAGGUUGAUA